AUGUCAACUCUGUUACACCUGUAUCACCUCCACACUACGAGGAGGAUAUUUCUUUAUCGCCGUCAGUACUUGGAGGAAGAGUUUUUACAAGUGUCUGCUGAGUCCUUAUCUGCUGCUUCCUCUGACAGUAAUACUAGCUGUGAUGACGAGGAUGGACUUGAAAGUGGGCCACCAUACCCUGAAAGUUACCAAUAUACUGGCGAAGAGGGUUUGACUCGAGGUAUCAAUUGGAAGUUUGCUCCUGAGGUAGGACCAGGAUGGGGCUCACUUGAUCUUCAUACGCAGCAAUCCACGAGUAAACUUGGCGUACUUGAUAGUUCUAUAGAGUUGUUCUGUGGUGAUGAACCUCUUCUUGGAAACAAUGAUGAAGAUGCUAUCACUUCCAAUAAGCAAGUUAAUGAUUGUCAUGAAAAGAAAAUCUCUAAAAGAAAACCAAAAAAAAGAGUUGUUUCACUGUCAGAUAGCAUAAGUUCCUGCAAAGCUGAUGUUAAAGAUGGGCAACAGAACCAAACUAUGAAUGAUAUAUAUUGCAUUGGAAGAGCUGAUGGAAAGGUGAACUCAGCACCUGCACAUGAUGAGGCUGGUGGAAUCCUAGCUUACUCAAAGCAUGGAGUUUCGAAAACUGGUGACCAUAUUGAAAAUUACUUCAAUUCACUUGUUGCAGAUACUGCCAUUCACGAGACUUGCAAGCAGUACAUUGUCUGCAAUGGUGUAGUUGAGAGGAAGCCCAUGUGGAACGAAAGACCGGUAGCUGUUGUUCUAAGCAGUGAAUGGAAGUUGUAUGUGAUUCUUCUUGAUGGCAUGCAUGAUGGGUCAGGUAAUAACUUGAGUCUAUUGACUUCACACAAGGUUGAAGACGUGAGAGAGGUUUCGGUUGGGUUGGGUCUUCUGGCUAUCUGGGUUUUUAUUGAUGAGGAUACUGCGUAUCUGUUGAUUACAAGAUGCAAGGAAAAAACUAGGCAUUUACUUUUCAUGAUAGGAUUAAUUGCGCCAGGAGAAAUAAAUAGAUUUUCUGUUAGGAGUUUGGAUCAGGUUCAGCUGAACUUGUUUGAUAGGCAAAUAUGUGGAAACUUGGGAAUCAGCAUUUACCAGUAUUGUAUGGUUUUUUCGGCACAAAGCAUUGUUUGUAAAAGCUAUGUGCCUUUGGAUUUGCCAAGUGACAGUAACCAAUAUAUGAAAUUUAGUAGAAGGCAGAAUUAG